UAGCAUUAUCUUCGAUAAUGAUCGUAAUUUUUAAGUCAUGUCUUGGGCACAUGCACAGAUUUAAAAAUAAUUUUCAUAAAAUUGCGAAGACAUGGCGCUACCGUGCGUACGUGCAUGAAUAUAUAAUUAUAUAUAUAUGUGGUAAUCAUAUCUAUACAUUCCAUCAGUUAUAAAACAAUGAGUAUAAAUGAGUAUAAAACCAGUAUGAGUCAACUGCUUUCGUAAUGUCUAGCCGAUUUUCAACCUCUGGACGAGGCCGUCUUUUUCGAAGUAAAGCCUCUGUUCAUGGCAGUGUCCUUAGCAAUGCCAACCGGAACUGGACAAACAAACAAAGAGAAUGCGUCUGUGACGGCGCAAACUGUUGUCAACAUGUCACGUGGGACAGUGUCCAAGGAGACCUACGAGGCGGUCAUCGCAUGGUGUUCUUAUCUCUUCAUUUUUCUGUCUAUCCUCACACUUGUCUGCAGUGUCUUCAACGCCAGGACUCUCAGCACCAAGCGCGCAACUUUGUGUACUACGUCAUCGGACUGUGCGUUUCCGACUUCCUUCAUGCGUUCUUUCGAAUCGCUUACGUCAUCCUGACGCAGUAUUGUCCAGAGUCCAGUCUGCCCGCCAGGGUUAUGCUGUAUUACGUACGUAACUAUGUGGGCAUCUCCGUGCAGCGGGCUGGCGUGUGGCUGAACGCCCUGGCCUGCUGCGAUCGCCUCUUGGCAGUGGCACUUCCCUUCAAAACAAGGAGCAAAGGUCAAAGGAAGCAUUCAAAACAAGUCCAAGGUCUUCGAGCUGCCCGGGGGCAUCAUAAAAACACCGACAGCACACACCAGCAUCCGUCAGACCUGGAUCCGAAGUCUUCUCGCUCGGAGGCUCAGAUCACCAAGAUGGUUCUCUUACUCACCUCGGCAUUCUUCUGCGUGGAAAGUCCGGUCACCCUCAACGCCAUGUUGGGAUCGCUGCUCCCGCAUUAUGGAUCAUACAAGCAAGAGAUGUACUUAUUUCGGGUGGUGGGAGAGUUGUUGAUGCUGAUCUUGUACCUCAAUCAACCCGUUCUCUUGCUUCUGAGUGCGUGCUACAGUGGACAGUACAGAAGGACGCUCCGACACGUGAUCUGCGCGUGUCCCGAACGAAUCGCUGCACGUGACAGGACAACAAAGGGACGACUAGAUGAGUCAACAUCUGCUCCAUCCUUGAGCAAGAUGACAUCAGGGGAGUAA